AUAAAGCUGUCCUUGUAUUUGCCCUUGUAGUCCCCGGUGAGCGUUGUUGUUAUCCAACAUGGCCGAUAUGUUUUGUGAGUUUACGAGAACGCGUUAAUGUGAAGUUUUUAAUUACAUUUAAUUAUGAAUAGCGUUUUAAAUUAUACGAGCUAAAUAAUUAAGUAAUUUAUGUGCUUAGGCAAUCGUAGAUGUUCGUAUUAUUUGAUGGAAAAGUGUUUAAUUGAAUACUACAGCACUAAUCCUUAACAAAGGUUGUGAUUAUGAGUAAAUAGUAGAACUUUUCGUCAAAGAAAAGGUUAAGAAUUACUUUCCACGGUGGUUUGAAUUUUUUGGUACUUGAAAUAAUUGCCAAGAAGAAAAAAUACAUAAACGCGUCAAGCUAUUUAUAAACGGUUAUUCGUAGUUUUGUGUCAAAUAUUACUCAGGUAGACCAAAAUCAAAAUGUGGAAGAAUUGCAGUUUCUUCUUAUCGUGAGAAAUCUAUUAUAUAAACAUGACAGAUACAAGAAGAAGAGUUAAACUUUACGCGCUAAACGCGGAAAGACAGUGGGACGACAGAGGUACAGGACAUGUGUCUUCUUCAUAUGUGGAACGCUUGAAGGGUAUUUCGCUACUCGUACGUGCAGAAAGCGAUGGUUCGUUACUAUUAGAAUCAAAAAUUCAUCCGGAUACCGCGUAUCAGAAACAACAAGAUACUCUGAUUGUAUGGUCAGAAGGUGAUAAUUUUGAUUUGGCCCUUAGUUUUCAAGAGAAAGCAGGUUGUGAUGAAAUUUGGGAAAAGAUAUGUCAGGUGCAAGGAAAGGAUCCUUCUGUAGAAAUUACACAAGACAUUGUAGAAGAAUCAGAAGAUGAAAGGUUCGAUGAUAUGUCAGAUUCUGCACCUCCCAUUGAAUUACCUUCUUGUGAGUUGAGCAGGUUAGAAGACAUAAGUGAAUUGUUUAGUAAUUGUUUAACAUCGCCAAUGCGUAAGGAAAAGCUUGCAGCUGCCAUUGAAAGUGAAAACUACAUAAAAAAACUAUUGAACUUGUUUCACAUGUGUGAGGAUCUUGAAAAUAUGGAAGGAUUGCACCAUUUAUAUGACAUCUUCAAAAACAUAUUUUUAUUAAAUAAGAAUGCAUUAUUUGAAGUUAUGUUUGCAGAGGAUACAAUAUUUGAUGUGGUUGGAUGUUUGGAAUAUGAUCCUACAUUACCCACUCCUAAAAAACACCGAGAAUAUUUGAAACAGCAAGCAAAGUUUCGGGAAGCUGUUCCAAUAAAGAAUCCAGAAUUACUUUCAAAAAUUCAUCAAACAUUUCGUGUUCAGUACAUUCAAGACGUUGUUCUUCCAACACCUUCUGUUUUUGAAGACAAUAUGCUUUCAACAUUGAGCAGUUUUAUAUUUUUCAAUAAAGUUGAAAUUGUAUCAUUAGUGCAGGAAGAUGAGAAGUUUUUAAGUGAACUGUUUUCUGUGUUGACUAAUGGUUCGACUUCAGACAUAAAACGCAGAGACUUGGUGCUGUUUCUCAAGGAAUUUUGUAAUUACUCCCAAAAUUUACAGCCUCAAGCAAAAGAGACAUUCUAUAAGACACUAACUAAUUUAGGAAUUCUACCGGCACUAGAAAUAACAUUAGGUGUUGAUGAUCUAAAAACUAAAAGUGCUUCUAUUGAUAUACUUACAUACAUAGUGGAGUAUUCCCCAUCUGUAGUUAGAGAAUACACUCUUCAACAGGCUAAUAACACUGAUGAGGACCAAAUUUUGUUAAAUGUCAUAAUUGAGCAAAUGAUAUGUGACUCUGAUCCGGAGCUGGGAGGUGCCGUUCAACUCAUGGGUGUCCUAAGAAUUCUUUUAGAUCCUGAUAACAUGUUAUCAUCAGUUAAUAAAUCUGAAAAGACAGAUUUCCUCAAUUUCUUCUACAAACACAGCGUUCACAUACUUAUAGCCCCACUUUUGGAAAAUACGGCUCAUGGGGAACCCCAGAAAGAAGACUAUCGAACGGUCCAACUGCUGGGUUUAAUAAUUGAAUUGCUAUCGUUUUGUGUAGAACACCACACGUAUCAUAUUAAAAAUUGCAUCCUGAACAAGGACUUAUUAAGGAAGAUUCUUGUCUUGAUGAAAUCCACGCACAAAUUCCUAGUCCUGUGUGCUCUUCGUUUCAUGAGGAAGCUGAUUGCGCUCAAGGACGAAUUCUACAAUCGUUACAUUAUUAAGGGCAACCUCUUCGCACCUGUUGUGGAAGCUUUCGUUCGGAACAACGGAAGAUAUAAUCUCCUCGAUUCUGCCAUAAUUGAACUGUUUGAAUUUAUUAAACUGGAAGACAUAAAAACCUUGUGUUCGCACGUGGUAGAAAAUUAUGGAAAAUCAUUAGACACCAUCUGUUAUGUGCAAACAUUUAAGGCACUGAAAUUGAGAUAUGACCAACAUCAGGAUAAGUUGAAGGAUUUAGAAAGAAAUACACUAGACAGUGUUCCAUCGAUUUUACGCAAUAGUCGGUACCGUCGCGACCAGCGCCAAAUGGACGAAGACGAGGAGAUCUGGUUUAACGAAGAUGACGACUUUGACGACAACGAGGCCGUGGUGCCAGCAGCAACAACUGACAUCCUUACUAAGAAACUUGACUCUGAACUCGAGAGUAUUGGCAAAAUGAUGGACAAGAAGUCGGAGACGACAAACGGACCGAAAAUGAACAACAGCAGUACGCCUCCCACCAAAACAUCUAUGAUCAACAAUAAUGCUAGUGGUGGUCAGCCUCCCAGUCCUAUGCCGGCCGAGAUACGUUCAGCCCUCUUUAAAAGGGGUCUGGUGGAUUACGAAGGUGGUGACUCGGACGAAGAAGAUGAGGAAGGCGGCGAGAUGUCGAAACGACCUCGGCUUACGUAGUCCGCCCUCAAAACUACUUCAGUAGGUGAGUAAAAACAAAAAAACAAAUGGUUCGCGUAAUUUCCCUUGAACAACGGGUCGAUUCUGGACUUUGUCUCUGAUAAUUUGAACAGUCAAGAUGAGCGCAGCUAAUUAGGCAUCGGUUGUACAGUUUUUGCGCGCUUUUAGACAGUGAUGUAACAAAAAGUGUGUUUAUGAAUUGGGACAACUCGUUAAUUUCUUUUUUUAUCAUAAGAACGCCCACGAAAUUUCAGAAAAGUGAACGUGAAAAAGUGGGAAAUGUCGGGGGAAUGGACAGGACUAUAAAAGGGCAUCAAAAGUUCUUCAUUGUAAGCCCCGAAGUCAUCUAACGCGGACCGUUUUAAAUCGUUUAAACGAGAAUGUGUAACGAGUGGUUAAAGAAGAUUAAGCGUACGACAAGUGCACUCCAAUAAGAAGGAAAACGGCAAGAAGAAGAGAAAGAUAAAUGUGAAAAUGGAUCAGAAAAUGUUUGGCCAGUAUUCUGUUAAUUUAUGUUAAAUGCGAAAUCGUAUUGUGUACUGCCAGUAAAUAGUAAGUUAAUAUUAACAUCUCUCUGUUUAUUAAAUCUGUUCAUUUCCAAAACAUAAAUCAUAACUGAUCUGUAAAUGCAAAAACUUCUAUUUUUUAAAGUUUUUAUUUUGUAAAGUAAUGAAAAUAGAUUCAGUAAUUUAAGAAUGUCCCCAUUAUUUAUUUUUAAUAAUGACAAUGAAACAUAAUACUGUUAGGUAUAAGUAGUUUUUUUUAUUUAGUUUGUAUUUUCCGUAUAGUAGUGCACAGUAUGAAUUUCGUUUUUUCUUGUUUUAAUUCCAAUCUUUUUGUUACCGUCAUUGCAAGAAAUGUAUCAUAUAGACCAAUGAUUUGCUAUCAUCACACUGGAAAUAUCAUCACACAAAAGGGUGACGUGAAUAAUUAGGUUCAAAAUGAUUUAUUUCAGCAUGUUUUUUAAAUGUAAAAAGGAAAACGACGAAAAUGUUGUUCGUAAUUUAUAGACGACAACGAAUCCAGAAUACUGUUGUGUAAAUUAGCAAUUAAAUUUAUUACUAAUGAUAAUAUCGAUUAUUAUGAUUAUAGAAUGCGAGCGUAGUUUCAAUGAGAAAUGUUUGGUGUGAGGAUAAUGAUUUCGUACUAUUAUCUUCAUUUUUUCCUCUUAGCUAUCGAUUUGUAAAAAGAAAUUAUUUAUUACGUCUCUGUGUACGUAAAGCAAAUUUAGGAAAUUGUUUGUAAGCAGAAUUUUUCCUUUUUGGCUGUAACAAUAGUGUGAAAUAGUUGAUGUGUUUAAGGAGAAUCUUUUAAUUUUAUAAAUUUGUUUUUUCUCACAAAAAAUGAGUGCAUUUACUUUAAAAAUGGGGACCAUUGCAAGAAAAGUCUCGUGUUAUUAUGUUGUCGUUUUUUAAUAUAAAUACGAUAGUCAAAAGGGAAAUUUUCUUUUCCUAUUAAUAUUUUAUUUCUUCGUAUUUAUUUUGAAAUAAUAGAGUCGAAAAGAUCAUUAAAGUUGAUUUUCUUUUUUAUUUUUCUUUGAUUUCUUGCAGGAAUUACACUCAAAUGAUCUGUAUUAAAUUUACGGAAAUUGUUUAACCAGUGAGCGGCUUAAUAAGAGAAACUCAAUGUUUUACCAGCACGUUCACAUUGUAUCAUUCGAUGCCACUACAUAUUUAAUUUGUAACUUUUNGUAU